AAUUUUUAGUAAAUUGUCAUUUUAAACGUUUGCUCAAGCCAAGAUGAGUGCCGCCGCCGCCGCCUCUGGAAUUCAGAGCACCGCGGGCGCCGUUCCCAUGCGCAACGAGAAGGGGGAACUGUCCAUGCAAAAGGUGAAGGUGCAGCGGUACAUAUCCGGAAAGCGACCUGACUACGCCCGGGCGGACUCUAGCUCGGAGGUAAGCGACGAGGAUGACUUCAUUGACACCAGGAAGCGCUUGGAGCGCCACAAGGCGGAGCGACACAAAAUGGAGCUCUCCCGUCGCGGAGGCAGUGCCGAGGGGGAUGAGCGGGCGACGGGGGACGCCCAGGAGGAAGACGAGGCCGAGGUGGACGAUCCCCGUCUGCGACGAUUGCGCCAAAGGCCCGUGGACAUGGAGGACAUGGAACGCGAGCGACGGGAACGCCACCGACACAUCCACGAACCGGAGAUCAUGGAGAGCGACAGCGAGGACGAGGAAGAGGACGAGGCGCCGCAGAAAACCAUUGAGCGCGGCACCAACAAAAUCACACUGGCCUCCGAGUCCGACACGGAUGCCGAGCUCAGCGACACGGAGCUGGAAAACCGGCGCACCAAGCUCCGAUCUCGUAUGCUGCAGCAACAGCGCGAGGAGGAGGUGCUUCAGAAGGAGGAUGAAAAGCAGUCUGAGUCCUCGGAGUCGGAGAGCUCAGAGUACGAAGAGGAGACGGAAAGCGAGGAGGACAACGAGCCGCGCCUGAAGCCGCUCUUUGUCCGGAAACGGGAUCGUGCCACCAUCCAGGAAAAGGAGCGAGAGGCCCAGAAGCAAAAGCAGCUGGAGGCGGAGGCCAAGCGGGCGGCCAAGGAACGCAGAAGGGCCACCUUGCGAAUGGUCGAGGAGAGCGUCAAGAAGGAUCUGGAGAAGACCAAGCCGGAGAGCAACGAGGCCUGCAUAGAGGAUGUGUGCACGGACGACGAGAACGACGAGGUGGAGUACGAGGCCUGGAAGCUGCGCGAGCUAAAGAGGAUGAAGCGGGAUCGCGAAGAGCGUGAUAACACUGAACGCGAAAAGCUGGACAUCGAUAGGAUGCGCAACAUGACCGAGGAGGAGCGACGCCAGGAGCUGCGCCAGAACCCCAAGAUGGUCACCAACAAAGCCACCAAGGGCAAGUACAAGUUCCUGCAAAAGUACUACCAUCGCGGCGCCUUCUACCUGGACGAGGAGAACGAUGUCCUGAAGCGCGACUUUGCCCAGGCCACGCUGGAGGAUCACUUCGACAAGACCAUCCUGCCCAAGGUGAUGCAGGUGAAGAACUUUGGCCGUUGCGGCCGCACCAAGUACACGCAUUUGGUGGACCAGGACACCACCAAGUUCGACUCGCCCUGGUACGCCGAAUCCUCGAGCAACAUUAAGUUCCACAACGAGCGCGGCGGCGGCAUGCGGCAGCAGUUUGACAAGCCCACGGGAUCGAAGCGAAAGAAGAUGGAGUAGCCAUAGACAGUGUGAUGUAUUUGACAGGCCGUAGGAGUGUAACAACUAAUUUUAAUAUGGCCGCAACUAGAUGGCCCCAAAAAACAUUAAACAAAAUACAAAAAUCUUAAAUUUAAA